AUGAUCACACCGCUAAUUAGGUGGGCAAUUCUGCUCGCCAAUGUUCUAAUUUUGGUGGGAAUCCUCACUUUCUCUACCGGGUUCUUCCCCUAUAAACCACUCCUUCCUGGUCUAGCCACAUUUGAAGAAGCAGAUUCAGAUGUGACUCCGAUCUUUGACAAGGUCAUUUUUAUGGUGGUGGAUGCGUUGCGGAGCUUGAUUCGAGCUGGAGCUGGAUUGCCAUUCACAGCUCAUGCCAGUUCUCCAACAGUCACCAUGCCUCGAUUGAAGGCGAUAACCACUGGUUCUGUGCCCUCGUUCUUGGAUGUGAUUCUAAACAUCGCAGAGUCAGAUACCAGCUCGACUCUUGCCUACCAGGAUACGUGGCUUGCACAACUCAAGGCUCGGGAUGAUCGACUCGUCAUGUAUGGAGAUGAUACGUGGCUUAAACUGUUUCCAGGAAUGUUUGAUCGAGCAGAUGGAACGACCAGCUUUUUUGUUUCUGAUUUUACUGAGGUAGAUCACAAUGUCACUCGGCAUGUAUCCACUGAGCUGGCAGCGGAUGACUGGUCUGCUUUCAUUAUGCAUUACCUUGGUCUUGAUCACAUCGGCCACAAAGCAGGUCCAAGGAGCCCUUUUAUGCCAUCAAAACACCAAGAGAUGGAUGCCGUAGUAAAAGAAGUGUAUACAGCAAUGCAACAAGAGCCUCAUCUUCAAUCCACAUUAUUCGUCCUAUGUGGAGAUCAUGGAAUGAAUGAUGCUGGAAACCACGGCGGUUCAUCAGCAGGCGAAACUUCCCCUGCAUUGUUGUUCAUCUCACCCAAAUUUGAGACUCUGGGACUCGAGUUAGAAAGUCACACUGAACCAUUUGAUGAGUUCCAAUAUUAUCGGACUGUUGAACAGGCAGAUAUCACUCCGACACUGGCUGGAUUGCUCGGUCUGCCUAUUCCGCUGAACAGUCUGGGAGUAUUUAUUCCUGAGUUUUUGGAUCUGUGGGAUUCUGAGUCUCAAAAACUUAGUGUUCUAUAUCGGAAUGCCCGACAAUUACUGAAUACACUUCAAGCCACUUUUCCUGGCGUCCCGUUUGACCACGAGACCGACUUGAGUUGUCUGGCAUCUACAGAUUCUGAAAUUCAAGACGCGCAGUGUACAUGGUCACAAAUUCAUCGAGUAUUAGGUGAAGACGCAACAGAUGAUACAUUUCAAACUGCACGGCCCAUUCUAGAGCGAUUUUCGCAAAUCACUCAGAAUGUGAUGAGCAGUACCGCCAGUAACUACAACACUUUCAGACUAUGGCUAGGCCUUUCCAUCACUGGAGUCGCAAUGCUCCUUGUUUUGCCCAUUGUCUACAAGGAUUGUGCCAGAUCGACAUACGCAGGCGGAUUCCUAGCAUUUCUGGUACUGGGAUAUGGGGGUAUUAUGUUCGCAAGCAGUUAUGUUGAAGAAGAGCAGCAAUUCUGGUACUGGAUUUGUUCAGGUUGGCUGUUCUAUCUGCACGCAAAAUCAACCUCUUUGAAAAGAAAUUCUCAUCUCAAAGCCAGAGUUUGCGGCCUCAACUGGGCCCAGAUAUCCACAGUUGGUCUUCUCGUUUGCCAGCGAGUGCUUCGACGAUGGAAUCAAACUGGCCAAAAAUUUACAGCAGAGCCAGACAUCUCUCGCACUUUCUUGCCAGGCCAUCUUCCCAUUCUGUGGACUCUGAUAAUUCUCACGUAUGCAGAUGCUGGUCGGGGUCUUCUUAUGAGCCUGCCGUCUUCAAUUUUGCCUCAGCUAGGUGCAUUGAUUCUACCGGCCCUCGCCUUUAUGUUCAAAUUGAACUUUGUGGCGAAUGAUUCUCCGGAGCUAUUGACUGACUCAUUUCUGUGGCGUAUUGUGGAGGCAUGUCCAAAUGCGCUGUCAUUGGUGUUCCAGGCAAGAAUCGUAUUUGCGGGCAUUGCAUGCUUUAUGCUUCUGGAAAUCCUCUCGCCGAAUCGCCCAGAGAAAACAAAAGCAUCGAACAAACUCUUCCAUGAGGGGCUUAAUAUGUUUCUGAUCACUCAGUCGAGAGCUACAAACCUCCCAAUGUUCCUUGUGUUUCGUCUCCAAGCCCUGAUGCUGACCACAAUGAAUUUGAACGGUAUUGAGGUGACACUAACGACGCUUGUCAUGCAAUACAUGACAUUUUUCGCCUUUGGCGGUUCGAAUUCAAUCUCUUCAUUGGAUUUGUCGAGCGCGUACAACGGAGUUGGCAGCUAUAGUGUGAUCAUGGUAGGCGUGUUGAUGAUUGUGAGCAACUGGGCUGGCCCUAUUUGGUGGGUUUCAGAGAGCCAGCUGCUGCGGCCAUAUCGAACUGUAGAACAUCAUAGCUCUGCCGCGUUGCUAACCUUCCACGUUGCCGCAUCAUUGGUAUCUGUGAUGGCGGCUUGUACAGUAUUGAGAGCCCACCUGUUCAUUUGGACUGUCUUCUCACCCAAAUACUUGUACUCCAUGGCAUGGGCGAUUGUGAAUCAUCUUAUAAUCAAUCUUGCUGGAGGGAUCGGCUUAUCCGCUCUUCAGAAGCGAUCUAUUGGAUGA